AUGGAAGCGGAAUUCAUGGCGAUUAUCGAGGCAUUCAAGGAGGCAAAGUGGCUCAAUGGUUUGGUUGGGGAUAUUAGCUCGUGUUCUAAGGAGGUGUCCGUAUUUUGUGAUAGCCAAAGUGUCAUUUACUUGGCUAAGAACCAAAACAUGUUCCAUAGAAGAACGAAGCAUAUUAAUGUGAAGUACAACUUCAUCCGGAAUGUCAUUGAUAAGAAAGAGUUGACAUUGAUGAAGAUUCGUACCAAGGAGAACCCAUCCGACAUGUUGACAAAGCCUUUGCUAACCACUAAGUGCACUUUGUGUAGGGUGUUCACUGGAGAAUGUGGGACAGACUUGAAUCACAGUGUCGCAGCUGUGGGAUAUGGAACUACCCUUGGCGACGGUCCCAAGUACUGGAUCGUGAAGAUUUCACGAGGAGAAGAAUGGGGUGAGAAGGGUUACAUAAGUAUGAAGCGCGGUAUAUCUGAAAAAGAAGGAUUGUGUGAGAUUGCAAUGAUGGCCUAG